GAGGGGGCGGGGGGACGUAUUCAGCUGGCGGGAAACGUGAUUGUCAACUAUAAACUUUGAUACUGUAGUUCGACAAUGGUUCAAAUAGUCAUACGAGGAAGUGUGGAUGGCAGCAGUCCUCCAGAGUGGCUGCUGAUCGAGCUGCAGGGAGAGAUGAUAUCCAGACACAACUCUGGUCUGGCAGGAAAUGUGAUGGGAGACCUCCUCUACACUAAAGAGGGGGUUCCUGUGUUAAUCAUAGGACAUCACAUACUGUACGGGAAGCAGGUCAAAUUGGAGAAACCCUUUGCGGUCCUCACGAAGCAUCCCGCCCAAUCACAGGACAUAGUGGGCAGCAAGCAUGAUGCCUCCCAGGUUGCCAUGAAAACAGAGCAGCAUGGAUCCACGUCCUACUCUGUGUCUGCACUCAUCAAGGGAAAACUUAUCUUUAAGACUCGACCCAAACCCAUCAUUACUAAUGUACCCAAGAAAGUAUAGUGUGGUGGACUGCAUGUUGUUGUGUGUAUUGGUAACAAUCUGCAGGCAGAUAUUUAUGGGGACAUAUUAUUGAAAAUUGACUUUUUAAUGUUUGUAUACAAAUAAAUAGGUCUCUGGAAUGCCUGCCAACCAUCAUCGUCAAUUAAACAAGCAAAUACAUCAUAAGUCAUCUGCUUAUUUGUGAAAAUGGGUCAUAGUAAGCCGUUCUGCACCUCUGUCCCACUGUUACAGAACAGUGGGGCUAAUUAACGUAGCAACCACAGCCAUACUGAGUUUUUCAGUCAAUAACAUGAUCCGCUAGGCUGGCCGAUGUUCCAGAGCGAAAGAAUAACAGUGUGUCCAGCAUUAGCUUCUGAUAAUAAUGUUUGGCUAAGUUGGCGAUGUAGGGGUGGGCAGUAUUUGGUGUUCAGUGUUUUGCCAUGUGUCCAUGUGCCACAAAAAGUGCUAUCAUCGUCUUGGGCACUUGCUCGUUUUCUACUUUAUGCUCUGCUUCCGAUAGUAGAAGCCAGCAGCCGAGCGAGGUAGAAGAGGAGACCACCAAAACACACCAACGUGAUCAAGCUCACUGGUUGUCAUUCUAAGGAAAGAUGAUUGUCUCCUUUAAUAUGAAUGUGUAAAUGCUGUUGUCACUGUAUUGGCAUUUAGGAUUGUUUUCUAUUAAAG